AUGCCACCAAUUCGCUCCCGCAGCUCUAGAAAUUCAACAGAGCAAGAGGGUAGGAUCUCAUUAGCUCUCAAGGCUAUCAAAAAUAACGAAAUUGCCACUAUACGUGAAGUAGCGCGUCACUUCGAUGUGCCCAGAUCCACUCUGCGCCGCCGCCUUCGCGGCGUCAAAGACCGCGCGACUUCUCGCGCAAAUUCACACAAAUUGACGGAAACUGAGGAGGAAACGCUUGAGAAAUGGAUCUUCUCUAUGGAUUCUCGCGGCGGAGCCCCCCGGCAUUCUACAGUCCGAGAAAUGGCGGAUCUUCUCCUUCAGCACCGCGGAAACACCCCUCCCAUUUCGGUCGGCGAAAACUGGGUUACGAAUUUCGUGAGACGGCACCCUACCCUUUCCUCCCGAUUCUCGAGACGCUAUAAUUACGAGCGCGCGCAAUGUGAAGACCCGAAAGUUAUCGGGGAGUGGUUUAAUCUUGUGCAAAAAACUGUCCUUGAGUUUGGGAUCGACCCCGAUGACAUUUAUAACUUUGACGAGACCGGUUUCGCAAUGGGAUUGACAGCAACGGCAAAGGUUAUUACGAGGAGUGACUACUACGGUCGGCGUUCACUUCUACAGCCCGGGAAUCGCGAGUGGGUGACCGCGAUCGAGUGUACGAACGCGUCGGGUUGGGCGCUUCCUCCAUGUGUGAUCUUCAAAGGGAAGAACUAUAUCGAAUCCUGGUUCGAUAACCUACGGAAGGGCUGGCGAUUGGAGGUUAGUCCUAAUGGCUGGACAUCGGAUGAAAUUGGCCUACGCUGGCUUGAAAAGCUCUUCAUUCCUUCGACUACAUCGCGUACGAAGGGAAGGUAUCGACUUUUGAUACUCGAUGGCCACGGGAGUCAUUUAAUCCCAAAAUUCGACGAAAUUUGCGCGGAAAACAAUAUUAUUCCGAUCUGUAUGCCUCCUCACUCCUCUCAUCUUUUACAGCCUCUCGAUGUCGGUUGUUUUGCGGCGUUGAAGCGGUCAUACGGCCGGUUUGUUGAAACGAAGAUGCGGAACGGGACCAACCACGUCGACAAACUCGACUUUCUUGAUGUGUACCCUAUCGCACGAGAUGAAGCUUUCAAAUCGGAUACUAUUAAAAAUAGCUUCGCAGCAACUGGUUUGGUUCCCUUUUCACCCGAUCGAGUGAUCUCAAAGCUCGAUGUCCAACUUCGAACUCCGACCCCCCUCCGAGCCGGGGUAGCGAAUCAAGCCUGA